UUCAGUCCUACUGCAGCCAUUUACUGGCCAGGUGCCACAGCCAGCCGUGUUGGACUUACUCUUUCACCUCAUGAACAAUAUUUUCUUAAAAGUGCAUCGAAAAUGCCUUCCCUUUCCAGUGAGCAAAGAGCAGCUAUUGCUAUUGGAGUUCCUGUAGUGGCAUUGUUGCUUUAUUUAUGGUACAGGAGACGCCAAAAUUCCCAAUUUUCAGAUGAGGACGAGGAUUUUACUCAAGCAGAAGAAAGCGAGGAAGUCGCGUCUGCAAACCAAAGGACUGUAGAAGUCAGAGUUCCUGGUGUGGUGGUCGGUGCCCUUAUCGGCAAGUCUGGAGUGAAUAUUAAAAAGAUAGAAAAGGACACCGGAGUUCGUGUAAAUCUAAAGGACGAAAAUGAAGGCAGUGAGAGCGAAGAAAGAAUUCUGCUCAUUCAAGGCGAACGCGAAAAGGCAAAGCGAGCGGAAAUUUUGGUGAAGAAAAUCAUUGCGGAGCAGCCGGUCAUUAGAACGGAAGAGAUUUUCAUUCCUCAGCGUGCUUGUGGAAGAGUUAUUGGCAAAGGAGGGCAGACAAUUCGUCACAUGUGUUCAGUUUCAGGUGCAAAAAUUAGAAUUGAGCGUGACAAUGAAGACAUUUCAAGCCCUUUACGCAAGUGCACAGUUACUGGAACCUAUGACCAGAUUGCCAGUGCUAAGGGACUACUAGAUGAGAAGAUCGCAGAAGAUAAUGAAAUCCGCGCUCGAAGGGGGGACAUUGGAAUGCCACGAAACAGACGUGCACCUAGGAAAUUAGACACUGCUCUUGCUUCUCCAAUAACAGGUGUUGUACAGUUUCCAAAGACAAAUGACUUCUUUGCAGUAUUUGUGUCAGCAAUUGACAAUCCAGGACAUUUUUGGGUACAGCUGCUAACAAAGGAUUCUCCUGAUCUGGAUAAACUAACAAAUGACUUGACAUUCUUGUACGCUUCCUCAGAAUCACAUUCUGUCCUCAAUGCUUUUAAGGUCGGAGAUAUCUGCUGUGCACCAUUUGAGUAUGAUUCCUCUUGGUACAGGGCGCGUAUUUUGGAAAUCAACAAGGAUGGCAUGGUGGAUUUGUAUUAUGUGGAUUUUGGAGACUCUGGGAAGAUUUCCAAGGAAAAAUUAAGAGAACUUAAACAGGAACACAACAGAAUUCCAUUUCAAGCUAUUGAGUGCUAUUUGGCUGAUGUGAAACCUAAAGUUGGUGAGUGGAGUAAAGACGCAAUUGACGAGUUUGACCAGCUCAGCCACUGUGCUCAGUGGGUUUCUGUGAUGGCACGAGUGGUGAAAUAUGAUGGGGACAUACCUUGUCUUGAAUUGAUUGACACUACUGGACAGACAGAUGUGAAUAUCAAUGAAGAAAUGAUAAGAAAACAGUUUGCAUAUCGGGAUGUGUCAUGUACAGCUGAUGAGCGAGAACUGGUUUCAGAGCUAGUGCAAGAUGCAUUGCAAGAGACACCAGUGGAAAUCAAACAAAGCAGUGCUGAGCAGCAAGAACUUACUCCACCAGGAGCAGAUAAUGAAGAAAUCAACGGAGAAACACCUCAACGCGUUACGAAGACCAUGCAAGGAGAAAACAGCAGUGAUGCACUUUCCAAACCUGCCAGUACUGACCUGCAAGAUGUGACUGACAGCUGUCCUGAAUUGCACGGACCCGUAGUCGCUGAAAGUGACUCUCCAGUGAAGGCGGCCGUAGUGAAGAGCAUUUCUCGAGAUUACAUGGCAGCCCCCGCUAAUUCGUCACCUGACGUGCUUGAUGAAGGGCGAGCAUCCCUCAGUGUUGUGCAGGAGCAAGGAAUCAAAGCUGUUUCAGAGAGUGGAGUGCAGUCACAGCCUGAAGUGUCAAGCUCUGCCGAGCACAACGUAGAAGAAUUGCAUUCCAACAGCCAGGAGAAGACAGCAUACCGCAGCAGUCUUAAUAUUGCAGCUUCGUCUAGGAGAACGAUGGCAGCGACCUUUAGCGGCAGCCGUCAUGUAUCGGAACGAAGCGAGAGCUCCGUGAAGACAGUGACCAGUACUGUUCACCGGCAGAUGGUUUCUUCCAAGCAGUCCUAUGUUAGUACCGUGACACUUCCUGAGUGUGACACCAAUAACGUUAUUGUAUCGGUGUUACCAAAUGUCGAGCAACUUCAAGGGAAAUCCCCAUUUGAUCUGGAAAAUCACGCUUUCAAAGCUUCCAAUGAAAGUACAACAUUGACGCGUCACGUAGUUGCAUCGGAAGAACACCGAAGUGCCACGAAAAGCAACGGACGUGAAACGACAAAAGAAUUUUCCUCGUCACGCGUUGAAGAGAAGUCAGCAUCGCACAUGUCUCCAUCCGACGAGAAGCCAAUUGUGAAAUACGAAAUUAACUUUGAAUCCAUAAAAGGGAUGCCUGUUGCGGAACAUUAUACAAUAAAGAAAACUUUCAGUCAGCUAGAGAGCGGACCCCAUGUAAGCUUUGAAGCCUUAGACUCGGGUAGUUUGGUUUCUGGUGCAAAAAAUGCUGAUAGAUCAGCUUCAGCAAGCACCUCUGGGAGAAACGAAGGCUUGGAACAGAGUGGGAACUUUAUAAGCCGAGGUAGGUCUGAAGGAAGCGGUGGCGAUAUGUCUCCGUCGGGUUCCCUCUUGGAUAUCGCCAAAAACGAUGUCAUAGAUGAAGAAGAAGAAGACGGCGAACAAGUAGACCAACACGACGCCAACGCAGAAAGUCCUGAGCAGGACAGUGAUGCAGAGUCAUUCAUCAGUGCUAGGGAAGAUGUCACCUCUGACACAGACACUGCAGCUUACAUGACCGCCCCGCCAGGAGGCAGUUCCACUUCUUUGGACACUGACGUUGCUUUAGGUGACAGUACUGCAGAUGAGACAAUUACUCCCGUGAACUCUGACACCGAGGUUGAGUAUGAGGAGGAAGCUGAAGGGGCAGAAGUGAGGGAUGAUGGUACACCUCGACCAGCUGCAGAAGCCGGGAAUGAUCGCAGUCGUUCGGGUACUCUGAAGGGCUUGAAAGACCAGAUGACGGCUCUAGGUGGUGCCGUUACGUCGGACGGUGAUCUUGGUUACAGAGGAGAUUCCGAAGAGGACCUGGAAUCAGCCGAGGAUCUCCGAACGGCGGGCACUUGAUUAAACUGACUCUGAGUAGGCUUACAUGGCAUGGUGCUUCAAUAUGAUUAACUGUUCCGUAAAACUGUUCUGGAAAAUCGGAGCAGAGAUGUUGUCGCACAGACCAGAUACAGAAGCAAACACUGCGCUUGCCGCCAUCGGUCACGUGUCUCUGCUUUGAGUAGUGAUUGGUUCGUUAGACAUCUUUUGGCUUCGUGGUUACUUUAAUGUUAGGCCCCGUCCACACUACGCCGGAGAAAUUUGAAAACGCAGCUUUACUUCGGUUUUCAUUAUUUCGGUUUUGGGUUGGACGGAAUACAUUUCGAAAACGCAGCUUUAUUUCGGUUUUCAUUAUUUCGGUUUUGGGUUGGACGGAAUACACUUCGAAAACGCAGCUUUAUUUCGGUUUUGGGCUGGGAGGGAAACAUUUUGAAAACGCAGCUUUAUUUCGG